AUGUGCAGCGAGGUUGGGGGACAGGCUGGAACGCCUUCUCCACAAGUCCAGGGCCCAGACAUGAACUCCCAGCAGACACCGCAGGCUCGGAGGUUCCCCAUCGAGGCAGGCGACUGUCCCAGCUCAGCUGUGCCUCCCGAAACGCAGGAGCCGGUAGGCUCUGAGCGGUCUGUGGGAAGGCAGCUGCGGCGAUGCCCCGGCAGCCACUGCCUGACGCUGCCCAACGUCCCCAUUGACGUCUUCAUCGCCAUGGGAGGGAGCGGCAGGCCUCGCACCACCUAA